AUGAUUCUAAUCAACUGCAAUAACACGACAUCAACCGAUGGAGAUCAUCGGAGCGAUAAUUAUCCUUGGUACAUUAUCGCUCAAGCUAUCGCUAUCGCUAUCGUUUCUAUUUUUAUUAUUAUAUCCAAUUGUAUCACAUUAAUUGUAAUAUCUAUGAUGAAAAAUCGUAAAGCACCCGAUAUCGUUUUGGCAUUAUUAGCUAUUACUGAUUUAUUAACCCCCAUUUCAGUCUUUCUUUUUGUCAUUUUUGAUUUUUUAUGGCAUAGUGAAUGGAUUCGAAUUGGUAUCUGUUACUGGGUUACCUUUACAUCAUUGCUAUUCUUUCGCUUAUCGAUGUUUAUCACCACGAUGGCUGCGUUAGAACGUUGUUUAGCAGUCGCAUUUCCUGUCUAUUAUCGUAAUCAUUUCACUAUAGGUAAAAUUAUACGAAGUUUAGCUAUUUUAUCCACUUAUUGUGUAGCUAUUGCAGUUCUUCCGAUAAUUACUGGCGAUGUGGUUAUUACCUGCCCUAAAUAUGCAAGCUGCCAAAUUAAUUGGUCUAACCCAUCAUGGCCUAUAACUAUUUUAGUAAUAUUUUAUUUAGUUGAAACAUUGUUUGCCGUUGCAGUCACAGUCACUAGUAAUACUGUUGUCAUGCGUUACUUUCAUAAGAAGUCUAAUAAUAAAAUCUCUCCAUCGAUUGAAAUGGGUUUAAGGACAGCUGCUGUUAGUACUUUAACUGCAGCAACAACAACUACUGGUCUAACACGUUCAGCAUCACGUUAUUUUAAUCUAUCUUAUAAUGAAUAUAAAUACGCAAAACAUCUACGAUUAGUAUCCUUAUUCUUUAUCCUAUCCUUCGUCCCAGUACAGACUGAAAUUGGAAUUAUUAAGGGAAUUAUGCCUACUUGCAGCCGCUGGAAACUAGAUCUUCUUACCAUCAGUCAAAAUAGCUCAACUAUCAAUGCAGAUACAAUAUUGCCGUAUAAUGCAAAAGCAAUGACGGAUUUAAUAAUGAUUUACCUGCAGAAUAUCAUUUAUUUAGUGUUAAUUAGACAGUUGGUCAUCUUAAAUAAAAUCCUUAUUUUGUGGAGUCGAUUCGGCAGUUUAACAAUUAGUAUCAUCUCCGUCGAUAUUAUUCGAAUUUAUCUAGCUGGCCUUAAUAUGAUCUUUAAUCCUUUUAUGUACGCUUUCAUGCGACGCCACUAUAGAAAAAAGUAUCGUUGCGUUCUUAGUCGAUUCUUUACAUUUUUUGAUUAUCGUCCCAGAAUGCUGUUUCACACGACAUCAGUUGCUAAUGAAUGGAGAGAUUAUAAAACAGAAGUUGGCAAAUUAAAAACAGCUGUAGAUCAUACAAGUUACCAAAAUAGCUUGUUAAAAUCUGCCUUGAUAUAUCCAGUGGGGCAAGUUUGCUCUGUGGCAUUCCUAGCUCAAAUAGAAAGACCUCCUACAGCAGCUGUAGCAACUGCUAGAAUACAUUUCGAUCAUGAUUUCUUCUGGUCAAGAGAAAAUAAUCAUCAAGAGCCGAAAACGUCUAAAAAUUUCCAUAUAUCCGAUAUUUGCGACUUUGAUACCAAUUCUAUAUCCAAUUCUAUUCAAACAUCGAAUUCAAGAGUCGGUAGUCCACAACUGCGAUGGCCAUUGCCACCAAUAAAUGGCCGAAGUAGUAAGAUCAAAAAUCUAGGUAUCAAAGAUAAUGAUUCUGUAACGUCGGGGAUAGAUGAUUUCAAUUUCAAUCGGGAGGAAAGCGCUAUUGCAUCCGAUGUCGAUAUCAUACAUACCGCUGUAGCUAUCAGCAACAAAGCUGCAGGAGGAGAAUCUCCGCAGAAUUUCGUUAAGCCACUUUUAUCCAGCGCACGUAAAAUAGCUGCUUGUAAAACUCGAUCGCUAUCACAUAGUCGAUUGGUGCCUUUACAUCUUCGGCCAAGAAUUGCCAAUGAAUACGAAUUUAAAGAGACAAGAUCCCAGUCAGCGACAUUAAGUAGAAACUCAACAAAGACGAGCUUUGAUAGCCCUGAUAAUUAA